GGAAUGUGGCUGCCCAGAUACCAGAGUUACCAAAAAAAAAGUACGAACUACUCCUCUUCUACAAACCCAUCUGCUUGAAUUACCAAAAUCAUCUGCAAAUAUUCCCAGUUCCAUAUAUUUCGCAAAGAAAGAGAAUGAUGGGAGGAAACCCAUCCAAGAAUAAGAAGAAAAACGUCGAGUACGGUUCACCCACAACACCUGUACAGAUCAACAUCAACUCAUCUUACACAGACCACUUGACCUCUUACGAACUCGCUUGCACCCAAGACCCAAACCUCGAGUCUUUCGACUCGUCCCUUCACCAACGAACCAACCGAGUCAUCAACAAGCUCGCCGCAGCCUCAUCAGGCGUCGAGAUCAAAUCCCUCAAUGAGGUGACGCAAUGCCUUUUGGACAUGAACCAAGACGUGGUCAAAGUCAUAUUACAGGACAAAGAAGAUAUAUGGAGCAACCGAGACCUGUUCUCUCUCGUCAACAUGUACUUCGACAGCACCGCCAAGACGAUCGACUUCUGCUCUGAGCUCGAGAGGUGUCUCAACAGGGCGAGGAGAAGCCACGUGGUUGUUCGGUUCGCCGUUAAGCGGUUUGAGGAAGAGGAGGAUUAUGAGAAGACGCUCGAGGAGCUUAAGAGGUUUACGUUAUCAGCAGGUGAAGAUACGUUUUCGAGAGAGUUCUUCGCUCUCUUCGAUUCGGUGCAUAGACAUCAGGUUAUGAUGCUCGAGGAGCUUCGUAAGCUGAAGAGGAGUCUCGAUAAGAAGCUGAAGAGCAUCAGGACGUGGAGAAGAGUCUCCAACGUGGUGUUCGUGACCGCUUUCGUCUCUGUGCUCAUCUUCUCGGUGGUUGCAGCCGCCGUGGCUGCGCCGCCUGUGGUGGCGGCGCUAGCCGGCGCGUUGGCUGUUCCCGUGGGGUCUGUUGGGAAGUGGUGCAACUCUCUUUGGACAAAGUACGAGAAAGUGGUUAGAGGGCAGAAGGAGAUCGUUACGUCGAUUAGGAUCGGGAGUUACGUGUCGGUUAGAGAGAUGGAUAGUAUUGGUGUGCUUGUGCGUAGAGCGGAAGUGGAGAUUGAGUCUUUGCUGAAGAACGCUGAGUUUGUUGCUGUUAGUGAGGAGAAAGAGGUGAGGGUUGCGAUGGAUGAGAUCAAGAAGAAGGUUGAUGUGUUUAGUGUGACCGUUGAAGAGCUUGGGAGACAUGCGAAUAAGUAUUGUAGGGAUGUGACGAAGGCGAGAAGUGUGAUUCUGCAGAGGAUAAUUAGAUACCCUACUGGUUCAAGUUCAACCACCGAUGAAGCUACUUGGACAGAAACGUUGUCGUGAUGAGACGGAUUUGGACUGUUGGAUGGGUUUAAAGAUUGUUGGUUUGUUUUCUUUAGCACAAGUAUUAUGAACAGCUAAAAAAGAGAGGAUAUUUUACUUUAAUGUUAUUAGUUGCCCUGGGGUAACCUUUGCACAAUGCAUUAAUUAAAAACUUGUUGGAAGAUUUUAUGCGAUUGAAUCUUGUAUUUAUAUAUGUUUAUAAUGUCUGUUCUUUUGGAGGAUUCAUAAGCUGGAUCCUUGCAGAAUUAACCAGCUAAUAUUAAUAAAAAAUCAAGACGUGAAGAGUUAGAUGAUGAGAGGCGAUGGAGAAUAAGUCUCUCACAAUGAG